GGGCUUCUCUGGGAGCUGGAAAUAAAAUGGAACAAGGGCUGUGCUGUGCUGGGCAAUAUCUUACUGGAGGCUGUGAGGGGGCGGUCCAACAUUAUCCAGGUGACAAGGAUGGAAUAUGCCAUGAAGUCCCUCAGCCUUCUCUACCCCAAGUCCUUGUCCAGGCAUGUGGCAGUGAGCACCUCAGUGGUGACCCAGCAGCUAUCGUCGAAGUCCAGCCUGGAGGCCCCCAAGGCCCGGCCCUGUAGAGUAAGCACUGCUGACCGGAGUGUGCGGAAGGGCAUCAUCGCACACAGUCUCAAGGACCUCCUGAACAAGGUCCGGGACACCCUGCUGCUGGCAGACAAGCCCUUCUACCUGGUGCUGGAGGAAGACGGUACAACUGUAGAAACAGAAGAGUAUUUCCAAGCCCUGGCAGAUGACACAGUGUUCAUGGUCCUCCAGAAGGGGCAGAAAUGGCAGCCCCCCCAAGAACAGGGUUCUAGGUACCAACUGUCCCUCUCCCAUAAGCCUGCCAAGAAGAUUGAUGUGGCUCAAGUAACCUUUGACCUAUACAAGAUGAACCCACAGGACUUCAUUGGUUGCCUGAAUGUGAAGGCCACUCUUUAUGGCACAUACUCCCUUUCCUAUGACCUGCAUUGCUACGGGGCCAAGCGCAUCAUGAAGGAAGUUCUUCGUUGGGCCCUCUUCAGCAUGAAGACCACAGGCCAUGUGCUGCUCGGCACCUCCUGUUACAUGCAGCAGCUCCUGGAUGCCACGGAGGGAGGGCAGCCCCCUGAGGGCAAGGCCCGAUCGCUCAUCCCGACCUCUCUGAAGAUGCUGCAGUGAAGGCUGGAGUCCUUGGAGACAUUCCCCCAGACAAGGAUUAGAAUGUGGCCCCUAUGCUGCCAUUCAAAGCUAGUAGCAUCCACAAGACGGCAGCUAGACAGCCUCUUACCUUGCCACACCCUUCUCACCCAACUAGGACCAUGAAUGAUGAAGUCUUCCCAGGGGAAAAAGGCAAAAACCUGAGAAUUGCUAGUCAGAAAGUCUGCCCCUCAGCUCCCUUUCUUCACAUGCUCUACUUUCAUCACGCUCCCCACCUCCUGGCCAACCAGCCCUAACGCUCCUGAAAGAACUGUGUAUGAUACUAGAGAAUUCACAUUACAUUAUUUAUGCUGAUC